UUUCCAUCCCAUCCUCCAUCUACAGUCGAUCCCUUUUCCAUCUUCAUCAUCGCUUUCCCUCCGACACUCUUUCUGCCUUGUCUUCUUUGUUGGUAAUACUAUAAGGCCUCUGUCGUGAACUCCGAUCUACUUUCUUUACCGCCCUUCCCCUCUCUUUCCGGAUUUCCUUUCCUCGCUCAGCUCGUCAUGAGCUCGCAGCGCUAUCAAAGGGUAAACGCCCACGAUGAAGAUGAACAACCGCAAUCACAAUCGUCAAUCCCUCUCCGGGGAACACCAAACUCCCCCCCUCCCUCAUUUCGCUCUCGUUCCACCUCUCCAUCAUCCAGACGCCUUCUCCAUGACGACCCCCUAAACAACGAUGCAGAUCAGGCGCUGGCCGACGCAUUUGAUGACGAGAGUGACUCUGAAGCGGAUGAGCCGGAUGACCGUCAGCGACUAAUGCGGGCUCAGCCGGAAUCGCGACCAGUGGCAGAUAGCAGCAGUGCGACCGCUAGUUCUUCAUCUGGAGUGGGUAAUGAACGGCAACAGUCCAGUGAGCAGCAUAAUGCGAUGCAAAGGAGGCAGACAAUACUACCUAGUUUCAGUACUGGUAGCCGAGUGAUCAGUUCGACGAAUGACGGUGUCUUUGCGAACCUGGCGGCUAAGCCGGAGCGUGGGGAGAAAACCGAAGACCUUCCUCCGUCAUAUGAAGAGGCGGCUGCCGACGCUACCCCUCCGUACUGGGAGACCACGAUUUUGGCCCCCGGGAUCUCAUCCGACGAGGUGUACGUGGAUGGGUUACCAGUGGGGUCCGUCUUUUCGUUUGUCUGGAACGCUAUGAUCUCCAUGUCCUUCCAACUGGUCGGUUUCCUCCUGACCUACCUUCUCCAUACUACGCAUGCAGCGAAGAAUGGAAGUAGGGCUGGUCUCGGUCUUACCCUCGUACAAUACGGAUUCUACAUGAAAGGCGGAAGUGAUACGAAACCAGACGAUGGUACAGAACAAUACGUGACACCUCCGGAUCCCAACAGUCAUAAUUUCGACCCCAGCACCGUAACCGAUGGAUCUGGGAGCGACGGCGGUGGUGGUGGUGUAUCUGGGAUCUCCACGAGUGAAUGGAUUUCAUACGUUCUCAUGAUUGUUGGUUGGUUUAUCUUAAUCCGCGCUAUCAGCGACUUUCUACGGGCCCGACGCCACGAGCAGCUGGUGCUGCAAAGUCCUGACCGAGGCCUUCCUGUGCCGAUCAUCGCGACAAAUGAAAGAACAGAGACCGUUGUUUAAGUUACCAUCAUAGUGAUCUGCAAAACAUUGGGCGGGUUGGAGCCUUGGAGCCUAGGCGUUAAUUUUCUUUUUCUGCUAUAAUUUGCUUUGUAUGGGUAAUGCGCGCUAAUUCCCCCGACGGACAUUCCAUGGGACGUGAGGUCCUCAUUUCGAUUUUCUUUGGGCAUGGGAACACUUGUAACUAUUUGAUUAGAGAUACCAAAUCUGAAAGACAUAGCACUUGGCA